UUUAUGGGGGAGGAAACAGCGGCUGUGAGGGAAGUUCAUGAGCGGCCGGGGGGCAGUCACACACUGAGCUGCGGCAGGGGAGGGCGCAAGGAGACUCACUCAGCUGCACGGAGCUCUGUGCCCAGCGCUCUGCAAGCGCUGGAAAGUUCACCGCUUCCUUUAUUUGAGAAAAGGUUGGCUCUUUACGUGUAUGAGUACCUGCUGCAUGUAGGAGCACAGAAGUCGGCACAGACCUUUCUCUCAGAGAUCCGAUGGGAGAAGAACAUCACGUUAGGAGAACCUCCAGGGUUCCUCCAUUCAUGGUGGUGUGUUUUCUGGGACCUUUACUGUGCAGCUCCAGAGAGGAGAGACACGUGUGAACACUCCAGUGAAGCCAAGGCCUUCCAUGACUACAGUGCUGCUGCAGCUCCCAGCCCGGUUCUAGGGAACCUUCCCCCAGGAGAGAGCUUGCCAGUGGGGCCGGUUCCUCCAGGAUUUUUUCAGCCCUUCAUGUCGCCUCGAUACCCUGGAGGACCCAGGCCGCCCCUCAGACUACCCAAUCAGGGCCUUGGAGGAGUUCCAGGUAGCCAGCCUAUGUUACCUACCGGGAUGGACCCCACAAGACAGCAAGGGCAUCCAAGCAUGGGAGGACCGAUGCAGAGGAUGACUCCACCUAGAGGCAUGGUACCUCUGGGGCCCCAGAACUACGGAGGUGGGAUGAGACCCCCGCUGAAUGCUUUGGUGGGUCCUGGGAUGCCUGGUAUGAGCAUGGGACCUGGAGGUGGGAGACCCUGGCCAAAUCCUCCAAAUUCAAACUCUACUCCCUACUCGUCUGCAUCCCCAGGCAGCUAUGUGGGACCUCCAGGAGGAGGGGGUGCACCUGGAACCCCAAUAAUGCCGAGUCCAGCAGAUUCAACCAACUCUGGUGACAACAUGUACACCAUGAUAAACACAGUCCCUCCUGGUGGAAGCCGGCCGAAUUUCCCAAUGGGAGGCGGGAGCGACGGACCACUGGGGGGAAUGGCAGGGAUGGAGCCGCAUCACAUGAAUGGAUCUUUAGGGUCCAGCGACAUGGACAGUCUCUCCAAGAACUCUCCUGGUAACCUAAGUAUGAGCAACCAACCAGGGACGCCCAGAGAGGACGGAGAGAUGGGGGGAAACUUCCUUAAUCCAUUUCAGAAUGAAAGUCAGUAUUCUCCGAACAUGACGAUGAGCGUGUGAAGACUCAGAAAGCAGGUUUUUCUCAGUCGCUCACAAACCUGUCUUUGGGGAAAUCCAGAUGAUGAAGCAGAGAGACACGAUUUGACAUCCUUAGGCCAGUGACUCAUCGUUCUCCCACCUCCCGACCUCCAGGCGCCCCGUUACCCCAAACCCUGUGUGGUUUCUGCCCGUGUCUCUUCUUUUCCGUUUCUUCAAAGUGAUGACUCUGCAUUCAUCAGUUCUUCCUCUUACAACUACGAGGCUGUACAAAGGAAACCAACUGAAUGGAGCAAGAGGGAGAACUCUUUGUAUAUUUACAUCCGAUGUGUCUGGAGCAGCAUAUGCACAUCCAACAAGUGACUGAUAGAAUACAUUCUACUGAAGAUCAUUGAAAACAAACCACAGUAUCCAGAAUGUUGUUUCCAUUUUAAUUUAUCUAACUGUUAAACAUUUUUUCAGCUUUUUUUUUUUUUCUAUGAUAAAUUCUGUUUUGUAUUACAGCAUAAAUGCAAACCCACUGCAGUCACAAGCCUCUUAGCCUUAUUUCAGUCUUUUUGUGUCUAUUUAUUUGUGCUUUGAAGAAAUGCGUUUGGAUAUUUUCUGAACUCGACCACAAAUAUGGCACGCAUCCUUCGGUUCGUCUCACCGAAACAGGUCAAAUGAGAGAAGAUUACAAUCAGCAAUGAUCCAAAUUUUCAUUUCAACACACUCUCUGAAUAUAAUUUUCUAACGACAACUAUCAGUCACUAUGGAAACGAAAGACUGCCACCUUUACUUUCUAUUCCCUUUUUUUAUAUAUAUCCACUUGACCUCUAUGUAAUGGAUCAUGUUAUGCUUUGAUUAAUUCAUUUGUAAAGGAAAAAAUAGUAAUUUGGAAGAGCAGCAAAGAUAAUUGAUCAUAGUUUUGAGGCAAUACUACUGUGCAGUCAGAAAGUUGUCACUUGCUUUCCAAGCGAGGGGAUUUGGCCUCUUUCUGUAUUUAACUGAAAAUCAUUGUUGUGAUGUAACUCAUGAGCUGAAUCCUCAAAGUGUCGGGCUGUGGGCUCUGUUCACCUGCAAUACAACAUUUGAACAAGAGUUGGUAAAAACCUAUACUGUCUUUUCUUCAGUGAAAGCAACUAGACCUUGCAUAUAUAUAUACAUAUAUUUUUGUGGAUUCUCUGACCUCUCCUGCUUUGAAUAUUUUGCUUCACAGUAUUCCUGCAUCUACAUCCUGGAACCACAGAAUGCACAGUGGGUCUAAUUCUCUGUAUUCAGCUAAGACACGGAUGAAUGGCAAAUGUCGAUCUCAGAACGCACUGACUACUCCUGAAUAAUUGUCAUCCGGUUAAACUGUGAUUUUAAUAUGAUUUUAAAAUGUGAUUUGGUACAGAAAGCUAAAAGCUUGUUUUGACUCAUUUAAAAAAAUAAAUAAAUACUUUCCAGUGCCCAUGAUUCCCACUAUGUACAAAGGUCAAUAUUUGUGUGAACAUGCUCCUUUCCAUGCUUCAACAUGUACAGGUCACAAAUGUAGCUCCUCUCUCUUGUAUGUGUAUUUGAUGUAAUUAUUAUUUGAAUGUUACUCUGCAGAGAAUCACUGAAGUGGGAGGAAUGGACUGAUAAGCCACCAUCACAGCUGAAAAGAGACAUUUUAAUCUUUUUUUUUUUUUGCGUGUGUGUGUGUGUAUGCGUGCGUGUGUUAGACUGAAGCCAUAAAGUGGGAGUACAAGAAGAUAAGUUUGUAAAUUAAAUUGCAUUUCUGUUUUGUGACGCUACAUGGGACUUCAUUUGUGAUGUGUUCAUUUUUCUCUUUUUUAUUCUUGUAUUAUGUUUUUGUAAAUAAGCGGAGAAGUUUCAUGGGUUUCGAAUUUGCUGGUAUAAAGCUUCUCUUCCCUUA